AUGGCUAGAGCCGCGCUUCUCGCGCUGUCCCUGGCGCUGCUGCUCACAGUCGCCCACGCCGGCAGCCCCCUGACGAGCGCCACCGCAAACGAGAAACCCGACCAGAGCAGCAAGAAGGACGACGGGCUCAUGACCGAAAUUCCCGCGGAUAUCGCGAAGCAGGCGUCGACGGGCAACGCGGCGGGAGUCACCUACGUGGAUACCGCGCAGGAUUCGUUUUUCAUGGCUGAUGUGAAGAAGGCGGGGUGGAACGCGCAGAAAUGCCCGCCUGGAUUGAACAAGGAGCUUGCGGGCGCGUGCACACCAAAAAAUUGCUCCAAGGGAGGCAUCCCCGCUAAGUGGAAAACCGCUUAUCUGCAAAAGAACAAGCUCGGUUACGAACUGUACGUGCCGGGUAACCCGCUGACGCUCCUCAAGGCGAACCCCGCGUCGUGCUGUAACACCUGCGCCGCGACUCCGCUUUGCACAGAUGACCGCGCAGUAUUCAACGGAAACGAAGCCAGUGCAUCUGCAGGUGCGCAUCGGCGGCGAGUGUAA